CUUCCCUACUAUGAAAUGGCAGGUGUGGAUGACCUGAAGCCAUCAACACUCCCUGACUCUCAGCUGAGAAUAAUGACAUUUAGCCUAUAUACUUUGUUUGAGGCAUCCCUGCUUGUCAUCAAUGGAUUUGCAGUUCUUAAUGAAGAAAGAUUCCUGUCAAAGAUUGGUGGCAAAGACCAGCUGCGUGGCUUCGGCGAGGACCCGGGCGCCAAGCAGCAGCUGAUCUCCUUGGUUCGCUCUGUACGGACUGUCAUGCGCAUUCCGCUCAUAUUCCUGAACAUAUUGACAAUUUUAUUCAAGCUAAUACUUGGAUAGCCACCAAGUGUUCUCAAGUCGAAGACUACCCUGGACGUCAUGUGCCGCGAUUUUGGUGACAUGUUUUUGGGGGCCGCUCAUACGGCGCUCAGUGUCGUAACCCGUUGUGCUGUAACGAUGUUCGUCGGGACCUACCUUAAACCUUAAAGCUGUGUUAAAGGUCGGACUUCGGAGAUGGUGGUGUGAUCACUGACGAAUGCAUUGCAUUUGUUGUCAGCUAGCGAAUAUCACUCAAUUUCCAAGACGUUAAGUGGUGUAUUGUAGACGCGAAUGUCAGCUGAUCCGCUUGGCUGUUAGCCGCGUCCACGGGCAGAUGCUCGAUAAUAAACCAAGACGAACUG